AUGUCUGCACAGUGGAAGGGCUCACCUCUGCCGACUGAACCUGUCAAGCUGUUCAUUGGUAUCCUUUCUGCAGCCAACCAUUUCGCCAAGCGGACGGCCGUUCGCAAGUCAUGGAUGAUUGCUACAAGGAAAUCGUCUAACAGUGUUGCCCGGUUCUUUGUCGCUCUGAAUGGGAAAAAAGAGGUCAAUGAAGAGCUGAAGAAGGAAGCAGAGUUCUUUGGUGACAUUGUUCUAGUGCCUUUCAUGGAAGCAGAGAAUCCUUGUGUUGGGCCAUGCAAAUUCCUGCAUUGGUGUGACUUGACUUCCAUUAUUCAGCAUAUUAAUGCUUUACGGGUCAUAUAUGAAUGGGAAGAGGAAGUGUAUCCACCUUAUGCAAACGGACCGGGCUAUGUGAUUUCAUCAGAAAUAGCUGAGUACAUCGUAUCCGAGUUUGACAACCAGGCACUGAGAUUGUUCAAGAUGGAAGACGUGAGCAUGGGCAUCUGGGUUCAGAAGUUCAACAAGACUCGCCAGCUAGUGGAGUAUUCGCACGACGUCAAGUUCUUCCAGGCCGGCUGCUUUGACGGCUACUACACCGCGCACUACCAGUCGCCGCAGCACAUAAUCUGCCUGUGGAGGAAGCCGCAGUCCGGGAGUGCUCAAUGCUGCAAUGCCAGAUGA